GUGCAUUAUCUAAAUGAUCGUCUACGGAAAUUGCGGCUCCAACGAUGUCGGAUGCUGCUUAAGAAGCACGAUCCUAGAAAAUUUUUGUUCACGGAUGAGAAGAUAUUUACCGUCGAGGAAAAAUUUAACAGGCAGAAUGAUAAAAUCUAUGCCAAAAGCUCAAAGGACAUUCCGUCUAACGUGCGAAAUAUCCAACGCACACAUCAUCCGGCUAGCGUUAUGGUAUGGUGGGGGGGUUUCAUAUGAAGGCGUUACGCCACUCCACUUUUGUCACCAAGGUGUCAAAGUCAAAGCUCAAAAUUAUCAGAGUGACAUUCUAGAGAACGUUGUAAAACCCCUAUCUACCACUCUAUUCGCUGGCAAGGAUUGGAUUUUCCAGCAAGAUUCUGCACCAUCACAUAAAGCGAAAUCUACACAAAAGUGGCUAAAAGAAAAUUUGCCCAGAUUUAUUAGUACUGAGGAAUGGCCUUCUUCAAGCCCAGACUUAAAUCCUUUGGAUUACUCUUUGUGGACGGAAUUGGAGCUAAGGGUAUGUCGAAAGUCCCAUCCAAACCUUCAGGCCCUGAAACGGGCAUUAGUGAGAGAAGCGAAGCGUAUCCCUAUUGAAAAAGUACGUGAAGCAAUUGAAGAGUGGAAACCACGCUUAAGAGCCUGUAUUAAAAAAAAAGGUGGACAUUUCGAGUGAAUUCUAUUUUUAUUUUACUAAGACAAUGUUGUUUUAUUAACCCUAUGACUGUAUCAUAAAAAUAAAUUCUUUUCAUUUAUAUAAUUCGAGUAUUCAUUUUGUCUCAAAACUUAUGAACACACGAGGUAUACAUAAUGAGAACGCCGCGACAGUUGUGCCUUUGUAUCAUUUUAACAUCUUGUUUGACACAGUAAACAAUAAACGAAUUCUUAUUCUUGCACAGCCUAUGCUAUCAUAAUCGUCGCAGAGUUAUCUUGGUCUAACUUUAGGCCGCCGCCUAAAGAGCGCCGUUUAAAGAGGUUUUGUUUCGUGUCAUCGGCCAAACAAUACAUUGAAACUGAGACGGAAGCAAAAACAUACUCUUAUUUCAAACCGACAUUAUAGUAUUUAAAAUAUAUAGUUAUAAACUCAUACAUUUUAAGAUUCCAUUAGGAGUGGACAGCCGUUCCCGUUUUAUUUCAUUGUUAUAAAGCGUAAAUAGUGCAAUAGAAGACAAAUGUUAAAAACAACUUAUUUUUGUGUAGUGUGUGUACUUGAUGGUAACCUUGAUACUGGCCAUUAAACAGUAAAAACGUGUAAGUAUACAGGGUAUUUGAUUUCAUUACAAAAAUAGUCGAAAUAUUCGGUAUCAUGUUCUGGUUUAAAAAAACUACAAGAAAAAAAAAUUACACGAUUUCUAUGGGCCAGGUAGUCCAAUUUGGCUAACCCUCCAUACGGAUCCUCAAUAUUAUCACGUAAAAAAAUAUAGGUUUGUUUACCUAAUCGUAGUUUCAUGUUGUAAAUUACAAUUUUGUUUAAAAUAGUCUGCUUUAUUCGGAUACCUAGUCAGCAUCAUGAUUUAUGUUAAGUGAUCCAUGUUUUGUUAAAUGAACGAGUUGAUAUGAUAAAAAAAAAUGAAACUAUUCUAUUAAGUUAACCUGCUGUAUUUAAUAAUUGUAUUUAUAAUACUCCUUUGUACAACACGAAUAACAUGAUAAUAUUUAUACUGUUUGUUUGGUGCUUCCUAAAUUAAAAUUUUACAUUAAAACAAGUUAUUUUUACAUUCAGUAUAUUUAUGUAAAUACCUACGGAAUCCGAGUGCAAUAUAGGUACAUAUUCCAUUUUAUUUAUAAUAUGCGCUGAGAAAUUGCGAUUAUUUUAUGCGCCAUUAUAGGUAAUUUAUUAAUUACGAUACGCUUAUAUUGGUCGAUAAAAAUAAUGAGCUGCUAUCAUCGCACUAGAAAUAAAGUCUUACAGAGUUAAACGCGUCCCUUUUGUUUGAAUUAAACAUGAAAUUUCUUGUCUUAUUACUUGCUUUGAGAAGUUGUGUUGCAUUCGAUUUACCUCGGUGCAAACCAGACCUAAAUAUCGACAAGGAUCAAUAUACAGUAUCUGACACGUAUCACAUAGGAGAUGCGGUGCCUACGGACGCCCAUUAUGAUGUCUACGGAAACUUAUUCUAUGUCAAAUCCGGAAGCAACGAUGAUGGUUAUUACUAUGACAUCUAUGUUGUCAAGUUUAAGACUACAACUGCUCAGAAAAUCAAGGGUUUGCCGGAAAGGCUAAGCUACUCAGUAGCGAUAGACAAGAAGGAUGCCAAGGUAUACUUCGGCACCGAAAAGGGAAUGUUCCGCUACGACUAUGAAACUCAUAAUGCUACUCAAGUAUCGGACUCCUUACUGAAAAUAAACAUGAUUUUCGUCGACAAAAACGGUAAUAAAUACAUAACUAACAGCAAUAAUGGCGUAGAAGAGCUAUAUUUACUUGAUGGCGAAAAGAAAAUUCGUUUUAAUACUUUAGAGGCGUUAAACGAGUUGGCAAUCGAUGAUAAUAAUAACUUUUAUUUCAUCAAACAUGAACAGCUGUUUGUCUUGAAAUCAACGCAAUCGAUGCCCUUGCACAUUGGCAACGUGACAUACACCGGUGCGGGGCAAAUCUCGUUUCACAAGGAUAACGUAUUCGUCGCCAGUGACCAUUUGGUUUAUUUCCAUGAGAACGAGACUGGCCAGAUGAAAUUAAUCUCAAACGUUCCAGAUCAAGUUACGUCAAUAGCUUUUGAUAGGACGGGUGAUUUUGUGCUCGGUACUCGCGGUAAAUUGUUGAAGUAUAAAAAGAAUGAGUGUUACAUUAGGAAAACUAACGACUCUGUAUGAAAUUAGCUAUGAAAACCGCUCUGUUUAUAUAAGACAAACAGACUUCACAUUUUACUUCAGUAAUAAACGAAAUAGGAAAGUUUGCUAAUAGGACAAUAGUUUGUAGUACGUUUUUAUAUCACUGCAAUAUUUAUGUUCCAUAAAAUAUCCAUCUUUCUGAAAGAACAAUCUUCUCAUUUUUGGCAACUAACUGUGUAAUUACACAGUAUACUGGGUUUAUAAACAAAAAUGUAUUGAGAUGACAGCUGUCACUGUAGGCAAGAUAUGUGAAAAAUACUUUAAUUGAUUGAUCAGUACCCCUAGUGUAAAUUUGAUCGACAUCAUAACGUGAUGAACGCGUUUGCGUUAAGUCUUAUUUUGUAUAGGAUUUUGAGUUUCCAAAACGUCCCGCUUGGCGCGCUCUUUCUAAAUCCAAUACAAAAUGAGACUAAACGCAAACGCGUACGUCACGUUUCGAAAUCGAAUUUAUUUACACUAGGGGUACUGCAAUGCUCUCUUUUAGGCGCCAUUUUUAUAACAAUUUGUGUAUUAAAGAUUAGUUUAACCUACAUGUAUAGAUGCUACAAUUAUAACAAU